AGAUAAGGAGGGCUUGGUUCUCCAGAGUCUUACUUUUAGAAUCGCUCCUCAAUUUCAUUCUUUUUAAAGACUUUGACGCUGUUGCGUGUUAAACUCAGGCAAAAUGGUGUCCAUACAGACGAUCGGCGGUAUAGUGAUUAAAGCGUUGAAAUUGGUGAUAAACCUCAUCAUCCUUAUACUGUAUCGAACCGGAUAUGGUGGAGAAUUUUUGGGUGUCGGCGGAACGUGGAAUUUGAAUGAAUCGAAAAAUCCUGAUGCGGAAAUUGUCGCUUCCGGUAUCUUUGUUGGAUUCUUCAUAUACACUAGCGUAGUGCUAAUUACUUAUUGCUUUGGUGACAUGAAUCACAAAAAGACCCUACAGGAAAUUAUCAUGAAUUUCGUGGGGAUGAUCAUGUUCACUGCCGUGGGUGCUACCGCUCUUCAUUACUGGCACGGAUACCAGAAUGAUCACGAUUUCAUUCACGUGACGACGGAGAGACAGGUUGGUAUUGCAGUGGGUGCACUUUGCACCUUCGAAGCAGCGAUUUAUCUUUUCGAUUUGGUUUUGAGUUUCUUGCAAUUUGCCAAAGAAGAAUUCCAGUAAGGGAGAAUAGCACAUACAUUUUUUUAAAUCCAAUAAAUUGCGAUAACGCAUCGCGCUCCGCGUAAAAUUUUGAAAAAAAAAA